CUCUGUUCGCGAAGAGGGCGCAAGCGGCUGCCGCGGAGCACGCUUGUGCAGAGCGCGCAGGAGACAGCGGCGUCGUUGGCGGGCUCUCUGGGCUGGCGGCAGGACGUCGCUCGCUCGCCAUGGCGUCGGGUCGCGCUGGCGCAUCGCAGGCGUCCGCGAGCAACGUGGAGCUGGCGCCCCUCGCGCGACUGGGUGCCGAGCGCGCGGAUUGCUCGCGCGACCGGGCCGUCGGCGCGCGCGCGGGCGCACUGCCGCCGCCGCCCCGCGCCACUGAGACGCCUGAGCCCGUCGCGGAGACGUCGCGCUCGGCCAGCCCGGCGCCGCUGCAGAGCGCGCCGGCCGCGGCCAUUUCCUACUCGGCCUGCCCGGCGCCGCAGAGCUCGAAGAUCGCGUUUUCGCGG